AUGGCUGUGUGUUUAGUAGCAAUGUUCACUGAAGACCUUAUUCCUCACUUGUUAUCAAAAGGCAUCUCAAGAGAAAUUUGCGAUCAACUGAAAGAAAAUGCUAUUGAUGGGGGUACAUUGAACUUUUUGAUGCAAGACAUCGACGAAUUCAAAGCGGUCUUACCUAAAUCUGGCCAUCGAAUUCAACUAAAACAAAAAUUGGCCUUUACUUUAUCUGCGACAACAGAAAACGAAAAAAUGCCUCAGCAAAUUGUGAUGCCACAUGAUGAUGAACCACACACAUCAGAGCUAGAACCAUCAAUGCCAACUGAACCACCUUUGCCAGUGGAACCACCUUUGCCAGUGGAACCACCUUUGCCAACCAUGGCAUGUGAAAGCAGUGUUGAAAGUGUGAAAGCAGGUGUUCAAAUGAAGAAACCACUCAAGAGUCCCAAACCUAUUACUAAUAGUUCAGAUGCCACAGCCCUACCAAACACUCUCCCAUUUCCUGAGAGUUUCUCUGUGCGAGUGCAGAUGGCAAUAAAAAAUGGCUCUGUUGCCCCUGAGCGAACACAGCUGAUUGCAGAUGUAGGGACCUUUUAUUAUGGUUUGUCCAGCCACCCAAAGCAAGGUGACUACAAGAGGAUUGCCAUUUUAGUGUGCGAGAAAUUCCCUGAGUUGAGAGAUUCCAAUCAAGCAAGCUAUUGGGUAUCAAUCCAGAAACAAUUGUCGCAAUUCUUCAGAAACCUUCGGCGGCGAACAGUUAACAAAGCGAUGCAUGGGCAACCCCAUAGCCAUGCAAAUGAAAGUGCAUCAAAGAAAAUAAAACUGACUGCAGAGGAUGAUGAGCAAGCUCAAAAAAGAAAUAUGGAGCUUUUGAAAAAAGCAAAACCUGGUGCAAUGGCUCCUAAGACAUUUGCAAAACUCUUUGUCGACACAUUUAAUGAGCGGAGGAAAUUUAUCGAAAAUCAAGCUACAUCUUCUACAGAGGUCUUGGAGGAAUGUCCAUAUCUUGGUCAUCCAAAUGUUGUAAGAAAAGAAGUUAGCAGAAUCAUUGGGCAGAAAAAUUGGGAAAAAGAGGCUGAAAAGAAGUUGGAGACUGCAUUGAAAGCUGUCAUACAAUUAAGGAUAAGGAAUGUGAAUUGA